GAGAAAACCCUUAUGAAAAUGUUUUCAUAGUUGAUAUUGAGAUAAACAAGUCUAUUAGCAAACUUAAGAAUGCUAUUAAGAAGAAAAAAAUACCUGAGUUUGAUAAUUUCGCUACAAACAAACUCAAGCUAUAG